ACAACACCAGAUUUCGUCCCUUGAGCGCAUUCCCCCAAUUCUUCUUUUCCUUCCCCCCACCCCCCAUCCAUACCCUGUAUCUACUUACCGUCUUUUUUGCCUUGGGACGGUCUAUCACUCACUUAUUCCUGUGCCUUUGCGCCCUGACAAUCCCACCGCGGUCGCCCGUUGCAGGCCCCAGGAAGACAUAGCCUAGACAAAGGAAAUCGCCGUCAAUCAGACAAAAGAUGCGCCCCCCCAAAAGCGCACCCAAGACAGCUGCAGAAUCAGCUGCCGCUACCAUCAAAGGUAAAAAUGCUGCGGCUGCUACUACGGAGAAAGCAACAGCAAAGACUACGACUAUCAAGAACUUAACAGACGAGCAAGAAGUCCCAGCGAAGCCCAAGACCAUUAGGAAACAGAAAAAGGAGAAACCUGCUGCAGCUCCAAAGAAAGGCAAAACAGGCGACGCCCUUGCAAGCAAUACGGCUGGAGCUGCGCCCGAGAAAUCUGGGAAGCGGAAGGCGGAGGUUGUCGACGAAGCGCCAGCUCGCGAACUCAAGAAGACUCGUGUUGCCAAGCCCCGGGUCACAAAGCUGAAGCCGAAGGUGGUCAUUAAUCAUGCUCCAACCACUCGACUAAAUGUAUAUGUUUGUGGUGAAGGUAGCUCAGGUGAACUAGGCCUGGGAUAUGCCAAAAACGCAGUCGAUGUGAAGCGACCGCGUUUAAAUGCCCACUUGCCAGCGGACAGUGUCGGCGUUGUGCAAAUUGCUGUUGGCGGCAUGCAUUGCGUUGCACUUACAUCUGAUAACAAGAUACUUACAUGGGGCGUCAAUGACCAGGGGGCACUUGGGAGGGAUACUGCUUGGGACGGAGGCUACAAAGAAAUCAACGAAGACAGCAAUGAGGCUGACUCUGACUCUGAUGAUGACCUUUCUCUGAAUCCCCACGAGUCGACCCCAACUGCUAUUCCGUCUGAGGCCUUCCCAGAAGACACCAUCUUCGUUGAAGUCGCUGCUGGCGAUAGCUCGAGCUUUGCCCUUACGGAUGACGGUCAAGUCUAUGGUUGGGGCACAUUUAGAAGCAAUGAUGGUAUCCUAGGUUUUGAUGCCAGCCAUAAACUUCAGCUUACGCCUAGUCUGAUAUCAUCCUUGAAGAAGAUUAAGCAUCUGGCAUGUGGCGAUAACCACGUUUUGGCACUUGACAAUAAAGGUGCUGUAUUUUCAUGGGGAUCAGGUCAGCAAAAUCAACUGGGCCGUCGUAUCAUUGAGCGUAAUAGGCUGAAUGGCCUCCAGCCGCGCGAGUUCGGCCUACCUAAGGACAUUGUGCAUAUCGGUUGUGGCGCCUUUCAUUCUUUUGCUGUUCAACAGUCAGGGAAGGUUUACGCAUGGGGACUGAACAGUUUCGGCGAAACGGGUAUCAGGGCCGGUGCCGGUGAUGACGAAGCUGCGAUUGUCCACCCCACCGUUGUAGAUUCGCUCUCAGGGAAAAACAUCACACAAAUCUGCGGUGGUGCUCACCAUUCGCUUGCUGUUGCAAACGACGGCGAGUGUCUUGUCUGGGGUCGAUUGGACGGUUACCAGACGGGUCUGAAAAUUGACAAUUUGCCUGAGGAGGCGGUAAUUAAGGAUGAGCGCGGGCGCCCUCGUAUCCUGAUAGAGCCCAAACCUGUUCCUGGAAUCAAGGCCAAUGCUGUUGCGGCUGGCUCUGACCAUUCACUUGCUAUUGAUGUCGAUGGUCGUCCCUGGUCUUGGGGGUUUUCCGCCACCUACCAGACGGGCCAGGGCACACAGUAUGACAUUGAGGUAGCUACUGUCAUCGAGAAUACUGCCGUUCGGGGAAAGAGACUGAACUGGGCAGGUGCUGGUGGUCAAUUUUCUGUGUUUACGGAGCCUGCGACACUAGUUUAA